UUCCCAGAGAUCAGGAUGUGGUGGUCUUUAUCGUCAUUUGGGUUUUUCCAAACCAAUAUUUAUGGAUUUUAUUUUCAGGUUAUUGCAGGAGGCAACUAUGACGUGGAUUGUUUUGUCACCGAUCCCUUCGACAACGUCCUGUAUAAUGAAAGGAAGAAGCAGUACGACAGCUUCUCUCACACCACGGCCAUGGAGGGAGUCUACAAGGUCUGCUUCAGCAACGAGUUUUCCACUUUCACGCAUAAAGUCGUGUACAUGGACUUUCGGCACGGAGAGGAGCAACCUCUCCUGGAGAACAUGAGCAGGAGCACAGCGCUGACUCAGCUGGAGUCUUCCUGCGUCGCCAUCCAUGAGGUCCUGAAGGUGGUGGCUGAAUCACAGACGUGGUACCGGCUAAGAGAAGCCCAGGACCGCACUAAAGCAGAGAAUCUCUUUGAGCGCGUGACGUACUGGUCGAUCGGAGAAACCAUCCUGUUGUUCGUCAUCGGCAUCGGCCAAGUCAUGCUUCUAAGGAGUUUCUUCAGUGACAAGAAGGGCUCCGUGGCGGCCCCCACUUAGGACUUCUCUUCAUCUUUCAGGUUUUCCAUGUUUGAGCCUACAUCCGAUCACAAGCACAUACUGUUUGGUUUUUAUUUCCGUUUAACUGAUUAUUCUCUCUGUCCCCCCAGUCAGCGUCCAUUAACUUGAAUAUGUUUUUGUUUCCAAGUGAAUCUAUAAUCAGCAAAGUUUUUAAUUUUUUUUCUUUAUUUCAUCAUUUCAAAGAAGUAAAACUUGAUUAUUUACUUUAUCAUCGUCCAAGUUUAAUCUUUAUGACUAGAAGCUGUGGGAUAAAGACCAAAGAAAGAUUAUGAAUGUCAGUUUAGAUUAUUUUACGGCUUUUCUUUCAUUUUUUUUUCUCAAUUUGUGUUCAACAUUAUAUGAAACCUUUAGAGAUCUUCUUUUGUUUUGCAGUUUUUUGUAUUGUUUGCUAAUUUUAUUUAAAUCUGUCGUUUUAGCUCUAAUUUGUAUGUUUUGUUUUGUCUUGAGAUAAACAUGAGAGGUGACCAGUCAUACAGAUUUGUUUGUUUAUAAUAUCCAAAAUCUACUAACCUGCCUUGAGGUUAAAAUUCAAGUGCUGCCUUUAAAGGUAUAAUGCAACAUAAAUGAAAUGAUAACGCACAGAUACCUAUGUUUAAAAUAAGGGGAUUAAAAGUUUACAGGAAGCACAUGCAGCUGUUGUGCAUGCAGUAUGUUAAACUCAGGGACUGAUGCAGUUCUGCAUAACGGUGGCAAUCCUUCAACUGAAAAUAAAGCUCUGGUCCAGAGGUUGACGAAAGCUGCUCUGACCCUCAGUUAAACCACGUAUCUGAACAAUGAGAAUGUUCCUAUAAGGAAACAAACCUUAAAGCUAACAGCACUGAAAUCCUGUUCUUAACUCUGCUGAAGUGUUAAUGAACGUGAAUAAUCUACUGUUUCAUUGUCAGUUCCUCUGUUUUUCUCUUUAUUUUAAAAUUCAAGUUAAAAGAAUUGAAUAAAAAGGUUCCCACAAAAUAAAAGAAACUUUUAAAUUAAACUGAAAUGAAUUUAACCAGUUUACCUCUAUCCUGUUGUUGGCAACUUCCAUUUUUUUAUUUAGUGCCAAUUCACAACACAUGGCAUCUCAAAGCUCCUUACAGGUUUUCAGUAUUGACUCCUCCUGGAUGGACAUGUUCUCUUGCACUGCCAUUGACUCUGCAGCAAUGCCUCACACUGAGCGUGCAUGCAGUGAUGGUUAAUAGAAACCUCCAGUAAAACCGGGCUCAGUAUGAGCGGCCAACUGCAGACCGGGAGUUUCAGGACACAGUAGCAGACGUACGAACAUGCAAAACAAACACAGAAGCACUGAUCAAUGAAAACUUGCCAUGUUAGAAAGUUUAACGUUAGACUGGCUCCACAGGUGGCUGUCUAGGAAAGGAACAGUUAAGCAGACAAGCUCUGAGACAGUUUUCAAGCCAAAAGCGAUAAACGAGAACACACAGUGAAAGCUAAGCCCAAAGCUAUGGCUACAGCUGUAGGACAGAAACGAGAGUAAGGUGUUGAUGGCAGCAGCUCAGCUGAUAUUUCUCUCCAGGAUGGUGUCAAAGCCAGACAGGAACAGACCUACUAUGAGAAAAAGCAGAGAGAAAUAUUGUUAGACAUUAAACUAAGAAUUAUUAUAGACUGGGAGAACAGAGAAUGAAGCAGAAUGAUGAAAAAGGUCCCUAUGUCCUCCAGCAGUCUAAGCCUAUAGCAGCAGAACUAUAGAGAUAGAUCAGGAUAACCUGAGCCACUCUAACUAGAAGCUUUAUCAAA